GUCAAUUAUGACCUAGGAGUCAUUUCUAUUAUCUACCGCAAUGAAAAACAAAGACCGCCUCUACAUCGCCCCUCUACGCGCGCGCGGCGGCGCCCCCAAAAUGCCCAGGAAAGAAGAUAUGUACACCCUCCACAUCCACCCCAAACCCAAACUCCCCUCCAACACCUCCAACACACCCAAAACCACCUCACAACCAGAACCAGGAACAUGCUACAACGCCAAAGAAACCCUCUCCCCCACCGGGGUCCCCCAAUGGCACUUCCAAGAAACCGCUUCCCCGCCUGAUCCCAGUCACGCUGCUAUUCUGCUUGUGCGGGUUAUGGUUGCUAAAGUGAAUAAUACGCCACGCCUGCAAGAGCUUCUGCGGAAAGUGCCGAUAAGGCAGGGUGUGCAGGGGUGGAACUGUGUGGGGUGGGUGGGUGAAAGAGGCGUUGGAGGUUAG